AUGCGCAAUCAUAUCCUCCUCUCGUGGCUUUGCGGCUUCCUGCUGCUGGUCUUGGGUGCAGCGCAGACUGCCUCGUCGACCGCAGAUACGACUCCAACAGACUCGGCGACGGAGACCACGGCGGCCUCGUCAACUGCCGACGCGAGUACGGCAGACUCGACGACGGAGACGACGGCGGCAUCGUCGACAUCGACGUCUGAGCCGGCAGUGACGGCGACGGGCUCGUCUUCGAGCGACACGGUUUCGUCGCCGUCGGGAACCACCUCCACUGAGGGUGGAGGAAGCAGCACUACGAGCUCCGCUGCCUCUUAUGGUUCAAAUCCUCCCGAUGUCUACUUGAACGUUCCCGAACUGCACGUUGGACGGAUCGAGCUCGAUGUCGACAACCUGAGCGUCGAUCUGAACCUCGCCGCGCAGGUAGCCUCCCUGGUCGAAAUCAACGCCGGAGUCCAAGUCAGCAUCACCACGGUCAACAUCACCAUCGCCGACGUCGACGCCGAGCUCGAGCUAGUCGUCCGCCUGGGUAACCUGGUCGACAUUGUGAACCGGACCCUUGACUCGCUCAACCUCAACCCGCUGCUUAUCAACGUGCUCAACGACGUCACGGACGUCAUCGACUCGGUGGUCGGCGCCGUUGACGGGCUGCUUGGGUCGAUCGUGUCGGGAGACUCAACGCUAAAUUUCAUCGUCGACAACUUGGGCAACAUUGUGCAGGAGGUAGAUGGCGCUGCCGGGGACGUCCUGAGCUCCAUCGUCGGCAACUACCAGCAGAACAUGACUUACACGGGCGCUCAGACGAUCUUAGAUGGUGGUUUGAUACAGAAGACGUAUCUGUACAGUGCUCUGAACUCGCUGGUAAACAUUGUUACCAAUUCGGCGGGACAAGUCGUGCAGGCGGUCGUGGUUGGGAGCUCGAGCUCCUCGUCUAGCUCGCCUGCGGCUACGGCGACCACUGCAUCGAGUACAGGCUCAGCGACAAGUGUGACCACGACGGGUUGA